AUGAGUGAUUUGGGGUUUCCAUCUCAAUCAGGUCAACCUUCUGAUCAACCUGACCCUGGAGUAAAUUAUAAUAUGCAACAGAUACCUAUUAACCCUCUUAUGAAUCCUGUACUUCCUUACCCAGCUCAACCGGGGAUGAUUCCUCAGUAUAACUAUGCUCCCUACUACAAUUAUCAAUAUUACAUGACUCCAGAAUUAAUGUAUAAAUAUCAACAAGAACAGAUGUUGCAAAAUAGCCUUGAAAGUGUCCAAAAGUGUCACCUGCAUACAAAACCUGAGCUGAACUGCAAGUUUUGCAGAAAGUUUAAGUCAUCAGUACACGAGAUAAGUAAAAUAGCGCAAAAGAAAUCGUCGUCCUCAAAGGAGGAUAAAGCAAACCAAAUACCAAUGACAAAUUCCGUCACAUAUAACAUGAAUGAUCUGUUGAGAAGUAACAUACUGUCCUCAGAGUACUACAAAUCACUGUCCGUCAAGAACUUUUACCAAGUUUUCGAUGAGCUAGUUCAGUUUGCAUCUCAUUGCGAACCUUAUUGCUCAACUGCAACAAGAGCACCUUCGACAAUUUUCUGUUGCCUAUACAGAUUUCUUGUCCUGAAAUUGACAGAAAAACAGGUAAUUUUUAGUUUAAUUGAAGUCGUUCAGAUGAAUUUUCUUCUGGAAAACAACAAAUCUCCAUACGCACGUUGUUGUGGAUUUCUCUACCUGAGAUACGUUCUCCCUCCCGACAAGGUAACUAAAAUCAAAUUCAUUUGUUUCAGCUCUGGAAUUGAUGAUGAAUUUUUUACAGUCUCAGCUGACGGAAACAAACAGAUCACCAUGGGAGAAUACGCAGAGUCUUUACUCAUGGAUGACAAAUAUUACCACACAAUUUUGCCAAGACUACCAGUAAGAGUAAAAAAUUUAUUUGGAGCUCACCUUUUAGAAAUGUCCCAGCAUCGCAAACGAAGAGUAAAAAAUUUAGAUUUUGUGGACGACUUCGUUGAGGGAGCACAAGUGUCAGUGUGUUCAAAGGGAGACUGGCUAGACGGAGAAAUUUUGACAGUAAAGGAAGGAAGACAAGGUUACCCCUUAGUUACAGUACACCUUGAAGACGGAAAUGAUGAAACUGUUGAUAUUGGUUACGUCAUUUUAAAGGGCAAGGACUACGAUAAGAAAGAUAAACACAGGUCGUCCAGAAAAAAAGAUAGAUCAAGAUCAAGAUCAAGAUCAAGGUCUAGAACUCGUUCUAGGAGUUCAUCAGGUUCUUACAGAAGAAGGAGACGCAGAGAAAGAAGCUCUUCAGAGGAUUCAUAUCGCAAGAAUGACACCUACGAUCCAAAGUCUAAUAAGGAGGAUCUCAUCAGAGAAUUUAAGAGAAGAGAACGUGAAAAAGCCCUAGCAGUUGGAAAGGUAUUAAAUAUAAUAAUUUACACAUAUUUUAGGAUUAUGGAAAAAGGCCCAGCUCCUACAAAUCCUCACUAUCCUCACGACUUCACUCUAAACGAUAUUGAUUUUAAUUUUAUUAUAAUUUCUAUAUUUUUAAUAGUCAACUUAUUUAUUAAAUAUUGA